AUGGCGAUAGGGAGCUUUGCGCCAUUUGUUACACCAUAGAACACAAGAAGAAGAACACGUUUUGGUUGUUCACGUCAUCAAGGAAGUCAAGAUGGACUCAUUCGCCCUGGAACCCACACUGUACACUGUAAAAGCAGUACUCAUUCUUGAUAAUGAUGGUGAACGACUGUAUGCAAAGUAUUAUGAUGACACAUACCCUACAGUAAAAGAACAGAAAGCUUUUGAAAAGAACAUCUUCAACAAGACUCACCGUACAGACAGUGAGAUUGCACUUUUAGAAGGACUAACUGUGGUCUACAAGAGCAAUAUAGACUUAUACUUCUAUGUUAUUGGAAGCUCACAUGAAAAUGAGCUGAUGCUGAUGUCUGUCCUGAACUGCCUGUUCGAUUCCCUCAGUCAAAUGUUGAGGAAGAAUGUGGAAAGAAGAGCUUUGCUAGAGAACAUGGAAGGAUUGUUCCUAGCUGUCGAUGAAAUUGUAGAUGGAGGAGUCAUCCUAGAGAGUGACCCACAGCAGGUUGUCUACCGUGUAGCAUUACGGGGUGAUGAUGUUCCUUUGACAGAACAGACUGUGACUCAGGUGCUGCAGUCGGCAAAGGAACAAAUCAAGUGGUCACUUCUGCGGUAGUGUGGGAACCACAACCACUGAAUACACACACAUACACCCACUCACUCUCUCACAUAUACACACACACACACACACACACACACACACAGUGACAUUCCUGUAUUCAUACCUCUGUAUAUCUCAGAUAUCAUUGCACUGAAUCAUCCACUAGAGGACAUUAGUUACCCUCUGUCUCCUUGGUUAUGAUUUCCAUGAUUUCCAACUGUUUCCAGUAAGAAGGUAGACCUGAAGAGACCUAAGACCUGAAUGCUGGUAUUGUUUUGAAUGUGUUGUAAGCAAUACCCUGAUACAUAGUUCUCUAUUCCUCCCAUUUCUCAGUGCUUUUCUGCCCUGCUAUUACCAGUGGGUAACUGUGGGUAACUGUGAAAAAGUGUAACUGCAGUGUAACCCUUCAGUAUGUCUGUGUGUUAUGAAUUCCAAGAACCAUAUACAAAUCAUUGUGCAUUAUGUGUCACAUGGCCUUGUUUAUACCUUGAUGAAAAAUAAACAGUUUGAGGAAAUGUGGAAAAAA